CGCGCACCGGAAAUUUCCCCAUUGUUUUCUCCUUCCGUCCUCGCAAAUCUCUUCCUCUUCUGUUAGGGUUAGGUCCCGCGGCGCAACAGCACCGCAUCAACUCUCUUCCUACAUCUUCCCCUCGAGUCCGGGGGGAUCUUCUGUGUGUAAAUCUACUCUCUCUGUGGUGUGGUUCUGCGGCGGUUGUCAUGGCUACGGCGGUGCUCAGAUCCCACGACGCGCUCGCCAACAAGAUGCAUCUGGACGCGUUCGCCGCCUCCCCCUCCAAGCCCCGCCGCCGUCGCCACCCCAAGCCGUCGGCCUCGGUCUCGCCGCCGCCCAAGAUGGCGGCCGCGGUUAGUUCGCCUGUGCCCAAGCCGGCAGCGGCUGGUUCGCCGCCGCCGAAGAUGCCGGUGGCAUCACCGGUCCCUAAGGGGCCAGCGGCGCCCGUUGUGGGCCGCCGUUCUCCGCCGGCCAGGCCGGCCCGCAAGCAGCCUUCCCCAACCAAGGAGAAGCCCAAGCAACGUAUGGUGAUGGAGGAGGUCCGGAUCCUCAAGCGCGGCGAGGAGCCGCCCGCUCCGGCCCCGGCUCCGUUGCCCGCCCCCGCUCCUGCUGUCCCAGCCCGGGCGCAAGCCCCUGCGGCGUCGGACAAGCGGGCGCUCUCCACCACUAGCCGGAUCGGCCCCAAGAAGCCGGCAGUUGUGCCGACUAAGAUCGUCGCCGUCGCUGCCGCUAGCAACGCGGCAGGGUACGCCGGCCCGGCGUUCUCUGGCGCGGCCCCGGAGCCGAGCUCUCUGCCUAUCCCGGCCUUCUUCUUCCGGCGCGCCGAGGAAGAGGCCACCCGCGGCCUCCGCUGCCUCCUCCGCAUCGGCGAGCUCUCAUGAUAGCCGGUCGCCGCGGCCACGUGUGUCUGCCCCCCUGGGUCACGCCGUUGUGCUUCGAUUCGUCACUUCUUCUCCCUCUCUCUCUCACUCUCUCGCCUCUGUGGAAGAGUAGGUGGCUUCCCCUCCUACUGAUGGAUGGUUUGGAUGGAUGGAUGGACUGCGGAUAGAUCCGGUGGCAAGCUUGUCCGGAUCGGAUCCCGGCGACGUUCCGAUCAAACUCUUCCGGUAUUUUUUCAGAGGAAGGUUUGGGGGAACGAAUCGCCGGUGGUUGGGUUUGGUGGUUGCUUAGGUUCUCACAUGUUGCUGCACGCCCGCUAUUUGGUUCUGGUUGAUGUGAUUAGGUAGAGGAUUAAUUUCUAGUUGGUAUCAUUCGAUCAUGGGUUGGUUCUAGUUGGUGGGAGUCUUCGGUUCUUCUGGGGAUUAGGCUGGCUGGUUUAGGUGAUCUGGUAGGAGUAAUUCGUUUCUGUUCUCAGGUUUCGUCGUAGCAAUAAUCGAACGUUUGGUGUAUGUGUGUUGUUCGAAGGGUUAAGGUCAUUUUCAAUUAAGAGUUUAGCUGAAGCAGCUAAGGUAUGUCUAGUUAAAUCAGCUGAGCUAUGUGUAGUUGAUUUAGCUAGCUAAGUUAUGUGUCUACUAAGUGUUCAUGGUCAUAUUUGUAAGAUAUAUGUCAAAGUGUCUGUAUCAGUCGUUCGUUUUCUAUACGUGAUGAAGUAAUAUAUCAGUGCUAGACUAUAAAUUGUUUUUGGA